UCCGCAGUGCAGCCGCCACCCGGCCCCGCCAGCUUCCCGGACCAUGGCCCACCUGGAGCGCACCUUCAUCGCCAUCAAGCCAGACGGCGUGCAGCGCGGCCUGGUGGGAGAAAUCAUCAAGCGCUUUGAGCAGAAGGGAUUCCGCCUGGUGGCCAUGAAGUUCCUUCGGGCCUCCGAGGAGCACCUGAAGCAGCACUACAUCGACCUGAAAGACCGCCCGUUCUUCCCGGGGCUGGUGAAGUACAUGAACUCGGGGCCGGUCGUGGCCAUGGUCUGGGAGGGGCUGAACGUGGUGAAGACAGGCCGAGUGAUGCUCGGCGAGACCAACCCUGCGGACUCCAAGCCGGGCACCAUCCGCGGGGACUUCUGCAUCCAGGUUGGCAGGAACAUCAUUCAUGGCAGCGACUCAGUGAAAAGUGCGGAAAAGGAAAUAAGCCUGUGGUUCCAGCCUGAAGAACUGGUCGACUACAAGUCUUGUGCUCACGACUGGGUCUAUGAGUGA